CAUUUAUUCUAUGCAUAAUCCAUAGCUGUAGAGCUCAUUCUUCUUCUGCGCUUUCUCUCACCUUGUAUUAAACUAAACGUUCAUAUUCACACCACCCAAGAAAGUUGCAGAAUAUUUCUCUACUGCACUCUUCCUAUUAAUACUUUACUCCUCUCUCUCUCUCUCUCUCUCUCGCUGAAGUAAGUUAAUGGGUGCUUUUUCUCCACUAGAAACCCCUGUUUUCUCUGCCAUUUCACUCCUCUUCCAUGGGGGCUUGAUGGACAUCUGCAACUUUCCUUCUUUGUAACUGUUUCCCAAUUCCGCUGAAGUGUCUCUGCAUUUCUGUGUUUUGUUUUCUGGGUAACCUUUGUUUGGAGAAAAGGCUGGUGAUUGAACCUAGAAUAUACGAGUUGUUGAAGACUUAAUCGAACUUCCAGUUGUUUUGUAAUGGCAGGCAUUUGGGUGCAUUUAGUGGUAGUUCUUUCCUUGGGGUUGUUUAUGGGCAUUUUGUGUCUGAAUGAUUCUGAUAGUUUAAGUGCAGAUGUGUACAUUGUGACCCUUAAACAAGCUCCUGCUUCUCACUACUAUGGAGAAUUCAGAAUGGAAACUAACGUGUUCAAGCAUGGUUCCACUGAUACUCGAAACAAACUGCACAGACCAAGGAAUAAUUCGAGUUCUCAUCUGAAUACUGGUUCUUAUAUAGCUCAAGUUCAUGAUUCAUUAUUGAGGAGGGUGCUAAGGGGAGAGAAAUAUCUGAAGCUAUACAGUUAUCACUACUUGAUCAAUGGAUUUGCUGUUCUUGUUACCUCACAGCAGGCGGACAAGCUUUCCAGGAGAAGAGAAGUGGCAAAUGUGGUUCUGGAUUUUUCUGUUAGAACAGCAACCACCCAUACACCACAGUUCUUGGGUUUGCCACAGGGAGCAUGGGUCAAGGAAGGUGGAUAUGCAACUGCUGGUGAAGGAAUUGUGAUUGGUUUCGUCGAUACUGGCAUUGAUCCAAAUCAUCCUAGCUUUGCUGAUGAUGUAUCUGAGAACUCAUAUACAGUGCCUGGUCAUUUUUCUGGUAUUUGUGAGGUUACUCGAGAUUUCCCCUCUGGUUCAUGCAAUAGGAAGCUUAUUGCAGCCCGCCAUUUUGCAGCUUCAGCUAUCACCAGGGGAAUUUUCAAUACUAGUCAGGAUUAUGCUUCACCUUUUGAUGGUGAUGGCCAUGGCACGCAUACUGCCUCUGUUGCUGCAGGAAACCAUGGGAUUCCAGUGAUUGUUGCUGGCAAUCACUUUGGAAAUGCGAGUGGAAUGGCGCCUCAUUCACAUAUUGCUGUAUACAAGGCAUUGUACAAGAGGUUUGGAGGCUUUGCUGCUGAUGUUGUUGCUGCAAUAGACCAGGCAGCUCAGGAUGGGGUUGAUAUUAUAAGUUUAUCAAUCACUCCCAACAGGCGCCCUCCUGGUCUUGCAACAUUUUUUAAUCCCAUAGACAUGGCUCUGCUCUCAGCAGUGAAGGCUGGCAUUUUUGUUGUGCAAGCAGCAGGCAAUACUGGGCCAUCACCCAAGAGCAUGUCUUCCUUCAGUCCGUGGAUUUUCACUGUUGGUGCUGCUUCUCAUGACAGAGUGUAUACUAACUCUAUAGUGCUUGGCAACAAUGUAACUAUUCCUGGAGUUGGGCUUGCACCGGGUACGAAUAAUGGUACUAUGUACACACUGAUAUCUGCACUUCAUGCUUUAAACAAUGAGACAACAAUUGCCAAUGACAUGUAUGCGGGUGAAUGCCAAGAUUCCAGCAACUUGAACCAGGAUCUAGUCCAAGGGAACCUCUUGAUAUGUAGUUAUUCAGUUCGAUUUGUGCUUGGACUCUCCACCAUUAAACAAGCCUUACAAGCAGCCAAAAACCUCAGUGCUGCUGGUGUUGUGUUCUACAUGGAUUCUACUGUGGUUGGCUUUCGGCUUAAUCCAAUUCCAAUGAGGAUGUCUGGCAUAAUAGUUCCAUCUCCUGAUGAUUCCAAGAUUUUACUUAAAUACUACAAUUCUUCUUUGGAUAGAGAUGAAUUCACAGGGAAAAUUACUAGAUUUCGGGCAAUUGCAAGAAUUUCAGGUGGAGUAAAAGCUAACUACAAUAGUUCUUCUCCUGUAAUUAUGUUCUACUCUGCUAGAGGACCAGAUCCAGAAGACAGUCUUCUUGAUGAUGCUGACAUUUUAAAACCAAACCUCGUAGCUCCUGGAAAUUUUAUAUGGGCAGCUUGGAGUUCUCUUGGAACUGAAUCAGUAGAAUUUCAAGGUGAAAACUUUGCAUUGAUGUCUGGAACAAGCAUGGCUGCUCCUCAUGUUGCUGGACUUGCUGCAUUGGUUAAGCAAAAGUUCCCCAGUUUCAGCCCUUCAGCAGUAGCCUCAGCACUCUCCACAACAGCUUCUUUGCAUGAUAAGAAUGGUGGGCCAAUAAAAGCUCAACGUGCUUAUGCCAACCCAGAUCAAAAUCAGACUCCGGCAACACCAUUCGAUAUGGGCAGUGGUUUUGUAAAUGCAACAGCAGCUCUAGAUCCGGGUCUGAUUUUCGAUUCCAGUUUCGAUGACUAUAUGUUGUUUCUUUGUGGCAUUAAUGGAUCUGGUCCUGUGAUCUUCAACUAUACAGGCCAAAAUUGUUUGACUUAUAAUUCAACCAUCAAUGGCACUGACCUAAACUUGCCCACAGUCACCAUUGCUAAGCUAGACAAAUGUAGAACUGUUAAAAGAACAGUGGUUAAUGUUGCCGGUAACGAGACUUAUAGUGUCAGUUGGAGCGCACCGUACGGGGUGUCAAUGAAGGUGAUUCCGGCUCGCUUCUCCAUUGCCAGUGGAGAGAAACAGGUCCUAUAUAUAAUGUUCAAUGCAACUAUGAACAGCUCUACUGCCAGCUUUGGAAGGAUUGGAAUUUAUGGAAAUCAAGGUCAUGUUCUCAACAUUCCAUUGGCAGUGAUUCUUAAAAUCACAUAUAACACCACUAAUGGCUGAGGAUUGAGGGAAAUUUUUUUUUUUUUAUUUAUUUUUUUUUUUUUGUGGAAUGUGGUUUGUUUCCUGCUUUUUAGCUUUUUGUAUUUUGUGUUUUUUGUCCUUUGCUUGUGAGAUGUGUAUUAACCAAUUUUUUCAUUCAUGAUGUAAAUGCCAGAGCAUUUGUGCUGCGGAUAUUAUUAGUAAAUAAUGGAAAAUUACUACUUAGUUCCUAUAGUAUAGAGAAAUUAACUAAUUCAGUCCUGUGUUGCCAAAUA